CCCGCACGGACUUCACCCAGCCCACACUUUUGACGUCGCUCCCUUUGGCGCCCUUUGUGCUCCUUGUUCUCGACAACUUCACCGCUCUCUCAUCGACGGCAUCGACUCGCACAUCUUUGAGACAUCAUCACAACUUCUCUCGAGGCUUGCAGUGAACAAACAGCUUAUCCUACUCCAAAUCUUCGCCCACUUAUGUGAACCGGCGACUCCCUAGCUUUCUCCCGCACACACAGCACAACCCAUGAACACGAGCAACAUGAUGCCGACGUGGCCAGCCGCCCCGCCCCCGGGCACCCAGCCAUCGACUGGCUACGCAGCUUCGUAUCCCGCGCCUGCCUACACCGCAGUUCAGGUCCGACAGUCAUUCGGCCAGUCCUAUUCCACCCCGCAACCUCCCUACCCCGUCGCGCAUACUUACGGCCCUUCUCAUUCUUCCUCGCCGAGCGCAGCUAAUAUUGCAACCAACGUGAACCCUUCGCCGCCUGCCGCCCAGGAGCAGGCCAAGACGAAGAUCGACUGGCCGGACUCGGUCCGCCGAUAUGUCCAGCGAGCCUUCAUCCCUGCAAACCUAGAUUCCAGCGUGACAAGAGCGGACAUGGAGGCGAAAUUGAAGGAAACGAUAACCCAGGCAAACGAGAAGAACGUCAUGUACUCCCUCGACUGGGAUACGAUGCCGCUUCCCCAACACAUGAUCCGGGAGGAGCGCGCAAGAGCAUCGCUUCCGCUCCAUUCCAAGUCGCAGGCGCAAAGCCCGGCCCAGGCCCCCGGCACCAAAAAGAGGAAGUCUUGGGACUUGACCGACGCGGCAACCCUCCAUCCAGUGUCUGCAGCCCCGCCUUGGCGGGCCGGGGCCGGUCGCCUUGAGGACCGUGUCUCCUUUUCGCCCGACAGACGCCAGGGCGACGAGCUCCCUAAGAAUACCAGUAAGUUCAACCGGGCGGACAAACGCCAGAAGCGCCACGAGGGAGAGUACACGACGUACCGCGAGGACACGCCGCCCCCGGGCGACGGUCCUGUUGUUGGCACUUGCCAAGAUCUAGAGAAGCGCUACCUCCGUUUGACUGCGGCCCCCAAACCGUCGCAAGUCCGCCCUCCACACAUCCUGCGUCAAACGCUGGAGCUGUUGAAGAAGAGGUGGAAGAAAGACCAAAACUACUCGUACAUCUGCGACCAGUUCAAGUCCAUGAGGCAGGAUCUCACGGUACAGCGUGUCCGCGAUGAUUUCACGGUUGAGGUCUACGAAAUUCAUGCCCGGAUUGCCUUGGAAAAGGGGGAUCUCGGUGAGUAUAAUCAGUGCCAGAGUCAGCUCAAGGGGCUGUACAGGUUGGGUCUGAAGGGCAAGGCGAACGAGUUCAAGGCAUAUCGCAUCUUGUAUUACAUUCACACAGCAAACCGCACGGAGCUAAAUAACGCUCUGGCAGAUCUAACCGCAGCAGAGAAAAAGGACAGGGCUAUCAAACACGCCCUCGACGUGCGUUCUGCCCUCGCCUUGGGCAACUACCACCGUUUCUUCCAGCUUUACAACGAGACCCCUAACAUGGGCGCCUAUCUCAUGGACAUGUUUGUCGGCAGGGAGCGUCUCGCUGCUCUGUGCAACAUAUGCAGGGGAUACAAGAUGGACGUCCCUCUGCGCUUCGUGACCGAAGAGCUCUACUUUGAGUCUGACGUCGAGGCAGCGCAGUUCAUUCUCGACCACGAGGGCCAGGAGCUGCUCGAGGAUCGCAACGGCACCAUUGUCUUCCUGACCGGGAAAGCCGGCUCGCGGUUUGAAGGAGCGCGCGCCAAAGCGUUCUCCCGCGUCGAUAUCAAGGGGCAAAUCUAGCUCGGUGUCCCUGCUUUUUUGAUCCCCAUCACCCUGCCACCGGUGUUUUUGGUCACCACACCGUGGCAUCCACCAGCCCCAUCUCCGUUUCCUUUCAUACACGUAAUCUUCUUUUCCUCCGCCCAGUGGGGUGUUCAGCAACAACAUCGUUUCGGUUCAUUGUGUUGCUGUCCGGGCUGUUGGCUUCUGCCAACAGCGGCCGACACGUCAGAAUGACGAGCUCGAGCCCU